CAAACGAGAAGCGCCCUUCAUGCAGAUCGCAGCGGCGGUUUAGUUACGCGAAGUCGUCGCCGAGUUGUAUGUACAUAUUUAAACACACGUAUGUGCAGAUACUACACAUGUUCUCGAAAUAAUGAUUUAAGGAUAAGCAGCUGUAGCUCCGUGAAACCGUUUGGGCUACAACCUAUUGAGCUUCGUCCUACGGAGGAGAGCUGGAGAAACCCGUUUGCUGGGUUAUUCCAAAAGUACAUAAGAAACGAUGGAUGGAGAUCCAGCAGGUGGCACUAGGAUCAUACAGAAGUUUAAGCCUCAACUCAUAGAUGCUCUGCGUGGAGAUGCAGACUUUGUGCUCCAGCAUUGCCAUUCACUUGGCUUACUGUCCGAGCGAGAGUAUGAGCAUGUCAAAGCCACUGCUGUCCCGUCGGAGAAAGUGCGGGACAUCCUGGAUUACAUGAUGAAAAAAAAUAGCGAAUGUGUCCAGAUCUUCUUGGAUCUCUUAAAGGAGAAUGAGAUGCAAGAGACGUUUCAUAAACUGGGCUUCCUCAAAAAGCUGCCUCAGGGCAGACAAGAGACUGCAGAGAAGAAGACGACAAAAAGACAAGGAAAUCUGCCAGCCGAAGAAGUGCCGCUAAAGCAGCCGCGCAAAACCAGCAGUGGAAUGGUGACGGAGAAGCAGCUGAUGCUGGUGGCUCGCCACAUCGGCAGCAGUUGGAAGGAGGUGGGCAGGGCGGUCCUGGAGAGCUCCUCCACCAGGCUGGAGCAGAUUAUGGAGGAAAACCCCCGAAACCUCAGAGAAUGUGUGUUCACCAUGCUGCGAGACUGGACCAUGCGUGAGAGGGAGAAAGCCACAGCAGACCGCCUUCACUCUCUCCUCACUCAAGAAGAGAAUGCAGUGGUCCCCGGGAGCAUAGACUUCCUGUUGGAAGACAACUGAGCUGCCAUGCCGCUCCCAUAUCAGCUAGAUCAGGAUAGGAGGAGAGUAAGGGUGCUGCGUGGGUUAGUGUACUGGGGUGUAAAUCUUUAGAAAACAAUUCAGUGCCUUCAGUGAACUUAGAUUUCACCAUUUUUCGGUUUGGCUAGGAUUCCUCAGGAAAUUAUUCAGUGCCUCAUAAACUCAGGCUAUGUUCACAUUACAAGCUUCAUUGCUCAAAUCAGAUUUUUUUGCUCAAAUCUGAUCUCUCUGGCAUGAUAGUCUACAGUUGUUUGGGUAAGUGAUUUAAAUCUCAUUAAUGGGAACGAAGGGGGCAGUCAUGGGCUGGAGGUAAGGGAACCAGCCUUGUGACAGGAAGGUUGCUGAUUCAGGCCGUUGCGCAGACAGUAUGUGACUGAAGUGCCCUUGAGCAAGUCACUGAACCUCCAUCUGCUACCAUAGGAUAGGGCUGGCCACCGCUCCGUGCAAGUAUGGUCACUGCCCCUUAGUGUGUGUGCGUUCACUAGUGUGUAUGUGGUAUUUCACUGCACAGAUGGGCCAAAAUACACUGAAGAGCUCUCAGCUUUUCAUUAUUAGAGCGAGACGAAGGCGGAAAAGAGAUGUGGUGAUGUGCUGCUUUUCCGCCGUUUACAGGCUUUAACUUCUGUUCGGCGCUGCUGCCACAGAAAUGCUGAAUGCGCACGUGCAGUGGAAACAAUGCUCAUGAAUUCCGAUCUGAAUGUUGACAUUAAGGGCACAUGACCACCAAUCAUAAACGUAUUGAAUCUAGGACCACAUAUGAAAGUGACUCAGGUCGGAUAUGAAAAGAUCAGAUUUGCGUGUCCACAUAGCCCCGAAAACAUCAGAUCUAAGUUGUGCCACUUCAACCUGGUAAUGAAUGUAACCGUAAAUUUCAUCGGUAUUCAAUUUGAAUAUGAUUCUUUACGAAAUGAUACAGUGCAUUUGUGAAUUUUUUUUCCUUCCUUUAUUUUUUUUAAACCACUAUGUGGGUUUGACUACAGCUCUUUAAGAAGCGAUUAAUUGUAUCAAAAAUUCUCUUUUUUUCAUUAGUAUUCAGUAUGCCUCUUUAGAAAUUGACUCAAUGAAUCAUACACACACAAAAAAAAUCACCACUAUUCAGUUCAAAUUUCUUUCUUUCUUUGGGAGGCGAUUCAGUGCAUUAAAAAGUCUCAAAUCAAAUAAUAAUAAAAUAAAUUCAAAUCAUUUAUAUUCAGUUUAAAGAUGGCUCUUUAGGAAAUGAUUCGGUGCAUUAUGAAAUCAUGAUUUGCCACUAUACGAUUUGAUAAGAUCAUUUUGAUUUAAUUUAGAAUUAUUUUUUUAAAUUUGCAGAACACACAAACAUGAAUGUGACACCAAGACUUCGGUUGUAUGCAGAAGGUUGGGCAUCCCUGGUCAAAUGACUUGUUGAAAUGUUUUGUUGAUUUUCUAAGUGAAAAUAAGUUACAUGUCUUUUUAAUGCGCAACUACUUACUAUUUUAUAUUGUAUGUUUUAUAUUGUUAAAAGCCAAUAAAUAGAAGUAAAAUGUACAAA